AUGCCUGGCAACUGGCAAGACAGCGCGGUGGAUGCUACAAUUGCCCCCAGAGAUGGCCACACGGUUCUGAUGGCGUGGUGUCGGGAUGACCGGGGAGAUGUGCGACAAAGUCAACUCGACCUCGAUGAGCACAUUGGCGAUAUGCAAAAUAAGUUUUCGUGGUUCAAAAACGGAUUUACCCGUGAUGCUCUUCAAGACAGUAUUAGGUUCGACUUCAGAGAAGGAGCAUCUCAACAGCCUGUACUCCGCGCUAGAUUUGCUCCAAAUGCGCCCGAGGCUGAUAUCAAUACUGCUGAGCAUAUCAGAAACAAUGAUGGCCAGCUUGAGUUUGAUCUGCUGUGA